AUGUCGGGGUCUGCAGAAGUUGGAGCCGUUCCUUUAGGGUCUGUUCUUGUCACUGGUGGCUGUGGAUUCAUCGGCUCCCAUCUUGUUGAUAAGAUCCUGGCUUCCGAGCCCACUUCCCAAGUCCAUGUCAUCGACAUCAACACGACUCGCAAUCGUCUCAACAACCCGCGUGUCACAUACCACACCAUUGAUAUCGCAAAUCUGUUGGAAGUGGAAUCUGCAAUGCGUGCCGCUCGACCACGCACCAUCUUCCAUGUAGCCUGCCCUGACUCAAUGGUCACCCUAGAAGUGUCAAUCUUCCACAAGGUGAACGUCAUUGGUGCCCGGAAUUUGAUCAAGGCAGCUGAGAAAGUUGGUACUGUUCACGCUUUUGUCAAUACUUCCAUAUCCUCGGUCAUUCACGACAACGUUUCUGACCUUAUCGAUGCCGACGAGACCCUUCCCGUGCUUCAGUACCCGGCCCAAAAAAGAGUUUACACUCUCACGAAAGCGGAAGCAGAAGCCGAAAUCCUUGCAGCCAACCGUAAACAUGGCGACUCUUCCAUGCUAACGGUGUCAAUGCGACCUGCUACGGCAUUCGGUGAACGUGACUCGAUUUGUAUGGGGAAAAUCGUCUCAACUUGUCGAGGAGGAAAAGCUAGGUUCCAGAUUGGCCCUGGAAAAAACCAGUAUGACUUUAUAUAUGUUGGAAACCUAGUCGAUGCUCAUCUUUUGGCGGCGUAUGCUCUGGUGCGUGCCUACGGCAAGCCAGCCCCUCCGAAAGACAAACGAGUUGACGGAGAAACUUCCAAUGUCACUAACGACGAGCGCGUAUUGUUUUGGGAGUUUCAUCGUUCGAUUUCUGCUUCUGUAGGCAUUCCUAUCAGCCAACGAGAUAUCAAGAUUGUUCCCAGGUGGUAA